UAUUAUCCACUUCUCCUUCGCUGCCUCAAAGCCACCAGAUUUUUCCACAUUUUCUAAAAAUUUAGAGGGAGAGAAACAGAAAACCAGAAAAAAAAAAUUAGUCACUCCCACUCUCACUCACUCUUUCCAGAAAAACAUGGCAAUCUGACUACUUUCUCUCUCCUCCUCCUCCCAAACACCACUCCAAUGGCUCUACCUCAGCUCAUCCCCUCCCCUUCCUCCUCCUCCCUCCCCCAUAAACCCACCUUCAACCCCAAUCCCAUCCCCUCCCCCUUAAACCCGAACCCUAAUUUCCUCUCCCCCCAUCUCCGCCGCCGCCGCCAACGACCUGGCUCCCUCAGAUGCUCCGCCUCCUCAUUCUCUGAGCGCCACCCCACCAAUCAGCCCAAAUCAGACGACGUCGUCGAGCUCCCCAUCUUCCCCCUCCCCCUCGUCCUCUUCCCCGGCGCCAUCCUCCCACUUCAGAUCUUCGAGUUCCGCUACCGUAUCAUGAUGCACUCCCUCCUCCAGACCGAUCUCCGAUUCGGGGUUAUCUACAAUGAUGCCGUCUCCGGCACCGCCGACGUUGGCUGCGUCGGCGAGGUCGUCAAGCACGAGCGCCUCGUCGACGACCGGUUCUUCCUUAUCUGCAAAGGCCAGGAGCGGUUCCGGGUCACCGACCUCGUCCGUACCAAACCUUACCUGGUGGCCGAGGUCAAAUGGCUCGAAGACCGGCCGUCGAACGACGGCGAGGAGGACCUGGAGGCGUUGGCCAGCGAGGUCGAGUCGUAUAUGAAGGAUGUGAUUCGGUUGUCAAAUCGGUUGGGCGGGAAGCCGGAGAAGGAUGUGCAGGACCUGCGGCGGAACCUGUUUCCGACGCCGUUUUCGUUUUUCGUUGGGAGCACUUUCGAAGGGGCGCCGAGAGAGCAGCAAGCGUUGCUGGAACUGGAGGACACGGCGGCGCGGCUUAAGAGAGAGAAGGAGACUCUGAGGAACACGCUUAAUUACUUGACGGCGGCCUCCGCCGUCAAAGACGUCUUCCCGUCGGCGUGAAAAAUGAACGGAAAUUGGGAUUGAGGUCUUGGAAUUGCACCCAAUGUACCACUGCAAUCUCUACAAAGGAUGAACUAAAGCAAUCAAGUUGUAAAAUUUUCAAUUUUGCUUUCUUUUUUUCCUAGAUUUUUAGAUAUAAUUACAAGUUCAUUUUGCACAUA